AUGAGUCAGGGAAGCACGCCGCAGAAAAGCUAUCCUCAAAGGAGGUUUUAUGGGAUAAGUGCCUUGCGAGACUACAAAAUAGUUGGAAAAUUAGGUGAAGGAACCUUUGGAGAAGUUUCCAAGGCGCUUCAAAGAAGAACUGGAAGGGUUUGUGCCUUGAAAAAACUAAUGGUUCUAAAUAGCAAAGAUGGAUUUCCAAUUACUUCGUUCAGAGAAGUGUCUAUCCUCAAAAAGCUCAAGCACAAGAACGUCCUUCAACUUGUUGAUAUGAUUUAUGAAAAGCCAGAGAAACAGGAGUCUCCAGGUAUAUUUUACACAGUCUCGCCGUACAUGGCGUCUGACUUGACUGGUCUCUUAAACAACCCAAGAGUUCAUUUGACUCAAAGCCAAAUCAAAGGUAUUGUUUACCAGAUGCUGGAGGGCAUUAACUACGUUCAUCAAAAUCAUUAUUUUCAUAGGGAUAUAAAGGCUUCCAAUAUUCUUAUCGAUAGUCAGGGAAUAGUCAAAAUUGCCGACUUUGGAUUAGCCAGAAUAUACUAUGGUCCCAAGCCUACGCCAAACGGGGGUCCUGGUGGCUAUGACAGUGCUACUGGAAUGGGGCUAGCGUCAUAUACUGGGUUGGUCGUGACGAGGUGGUAUAGACCUCCCGAACUUGUUCUAGGAGAGAAGAACUAUACUACUUCAGUGGAUAUAUGGGGAAUUGGUUGCAUAUUUGCUGAGCUCUUCAAACGGAAACCAAUAUUGGAAGGGAAAACCGAGAUAGAUCAAGGGCACUUAAUCUUCAACCUUUGUGGUCCUUUGACCCCCACUUCUUUCCCAAAUGCAGACAAGCUUCCUGGUUAUAAUAACUAUGUAUCCGCAAGGUAUACUAGAACUUUAGAGCAGAAUUAUAGAAAGCACCUUUGUUCAGAAGGACUCCGCCUGCUUGCUUCACUGCUGGAAAUUGACCCUGUGAAAAGAAUUAAUGCUCUAGACGCAUUGGCUCAUCCCUAUUUUAAGGCACAUCCACAUCCUGCUCCCACCAAAAGAUUAGCUGACUUUGAAGAGAGCCAUGAGCUUGAUGUAAAACGGUUUAAAGAAGAAAGAAAGACCACCGAUCUCCAACCUCCUCCACCUCAACAAACCAGAGGGUUUCAUAGCGCACAGCAGGGUUAUAGAAAGGACAGACGUUUAAACAAUCAUCAUCAAAAUUACUCCAAUGGAAGGAAUGCCAAUUUUUUUCCUUCUGGACCCAGAAUUGGCAGAUCUGCACAAUCCCAAUACACACACUCCAAUGAUGAAGCUAACCAACAUAGGACAAACUACGAUCACUCAAGAAACCAAGACAGACAUCGGGGCGGUUCAUUUAGGAAAUCAAACAGCGUAACCUCUCUUACGUCAAUAAAUCCAGAAACCGAUACAGCAUCGACACAGGUGGUAAAAUCGUAUGGCUUCGUCGGGUUAUCAAAAGGCAAGAACCAGGAAACCCGUUCUGAGAUUGUUAAAAAAAGUUCACCAAAGCAUCAAGAGUCGAAUGAAAAUCCGGAAUAA